UUCUCCAGCGCAACGGGUUCGUUGCCACCUGCAUCCAACGGGACCCAGCGGAAGGAAUAUGCCUGACUCUUAUUGGCUUAAACCAGCGAAAUGCUUCCCCGUUCCCAUAGUCGGGGGCAAAACGAGAACGUUUCCGCAGUCUACCGCGAAGAAACGAGUUUCCCUAGGGUAACCUUUAAUGAGGGAUAGACAACCACUUACCAUACUCAAAUUGAAGCCUUCACCCGUGCAUAAAAUCUCAUCAACAAAACUUAUCCGCUUCAAAAACAUUAAAUACUCACAAACAAUUAACAAGAAAAUUAAGAAAACAUAUAAUUAAGACCGAGAGGACAGCGCUAACUGAAGCAAACCUAAUAAAUCAAUUUAUACACAGCAAGUUCUAUAAGUGAACAUCUGACUAGUCCAAUUAAACAAACUAACUAAAUAAUUAUCAGAAUUAAUGAGCGCCCACAUUUAUUACAGGGCUCCGUAAAUAAAUCUCCUUUUGAUGUACAAGGAGUGCGCGGACGCUGCGCAUGCGACUCCCGCCACGCCCCCUAGCUGUGAUUGGCCCAAAUCCAAUUAUAACUUUACGGCUCUUCAUGAGCUAUUUGCAUCGUUUAAUUACAAACAUAUUAUUUUAAACCUUAACUAAACAGUAUACAGUUGAUAUUUCCAUGUGUUUUUUGAGGUUAUACUGUCAUCCAGAAAGACGCCCAUUAGUAAAGACUCUCAAUCUUCAUUCGGAUCCGUCGCACCAAUGCCAGAUAUAACUAAUUUGACAAUUUAACGAAUUUACACCUUAUUUCGUAAGCCAUAAGGGUGAUUGGGACCAAUGUGUGUUGAGACUCGAUUAUGUUUUUCAAAAGAGGCAGUUAACAUUCCGCUCUCAGACGUUUCAGCGGGCGAAUUGACAAAAACGCAUCGUGAAGCUUUCUUAUUAGUUUAAAUUAUGACCCUUCGUGAGUUACUCCACAUUAAAUAGUUCGGUGCUUAAAAUGUGAUUCAAAAUGUCCCUCAAGCUCUAACAGUGCACACGUAUUAUCAAAAUAAUUAAAAAAUAUUUCGUAAAAAUCAAAAUGGAUUCCGAAUCGACCAUGGACGUUGAAGAAAUAAAAGCAGAAAAAAAUGAAACGAAAUUACCGUUUUCCAUAGAGAAUUUAUUGGCUGAUAAAUUUCAAAAAGAGAAUCCGAACAAUUAUUCUAACGAUGUGAGUCCAUCGACUAGUGCGGUGAAUAGUGAUGUGAGAAGUAAUUUUAUUAGUGAUGUGACUGAAAAUCUCGAUUCAGAUGAUGAUGACAGACACAGUAGUAACAGUUCGGAAAAUGUGGACGUCGAGAGUUCUACCGUCGGCGAUGCGCAGGAGUACCUUGAUAUCAAAUCUACUGAUUAUUCACAGUCAGGAUCGUGUUCAUCUCGGGGCAAGCGCGCUCGCACCGCCUUCAGCGCGCAGCAGAUCAAGAGUUUGGAGGCCGAGUUCGAGAAGAACAGAUAUCUGUCCGUAGCGGCGAGAGGAAGACUUGCAAGACAGCUCAGGCUUACAGAGACACAGAUCAAAAUAUGGUUCCAGAACCGCCGAACAAAAUGGAAGCGAAAAUACACAAACGAUAUUGAGCUGCUGGCGCAGCAGUACUACAGCAGCUUGGGCAUCGUCAGCCCGCGGCCAAUGUUCGUAGGCGACCGACUCUGGGUGUUCAACUACCCCAACAGAGUCCCACCAACACAACAACAGCAAUGGAUGAAAUCAAUCAACAAUAUUAACGCACACAACCCAAUCGUCGACAGAAACAUGUUCAGAAAUCUACCGAAACCCGACGUCCCAUUCCUAAACCCUACCGUGUAUCCGAACGAAAGAGUUUUCAUGGACCGCGGACUCAGUUUGACAGGAAACGUCAAUGUCAAACUUCCCGCCCAAAACCGGAUUGUGCCGCGAGAAGUUUAUAGCAAUAUGGCGCAAAGGAGUUUGGACGUCUACAAGAAUAAUAUUUUAAGCCAUAGUAGCCCACCGCAGGAGUCCAAUGUUGAUCAUUUAAGGAGAUUAGAGGAGAAUUUUAGUAUUUAAAUUAAGACUAGUUUUUAAGUUUGUAUGAUUUGAGUAGUUAUUGUAAAUAAAGUUUUAUGAUAUUUAUUUUCCUGUAUUUUUUUCUAUGCAGCUAUGCUGCGAAGAUGUGAAAUCCACGCUUCAAAAAUAUUUGACCAUUUCCAUCAAAUAUGCUAGGUAGUUGUGCGAGGAAGAGGAGAUUCGAAGAUGAGCAGGGAAUUAAAUAGUGUACACCACUCGCGAUGGCUCAUAGCAGGCAUCUAUAGCACCGGUCGGAUCGCGCAAAGCGCGAGCGGGGCUCUGGCUCAGGCAGUUGAAGGGGCCCGGGAUGUUUUCAGUCGGUGGCACCGUUGAACUCAUUACAGUUCAAUCCAGGCAAAUGUAGCAUUCAUUCAUAGCAUACGCACGCAUUCUUAAAUAAAAAUAUAAAAUACAUAUCCGUUGAAUCUUUUUCCACCUUUAAUAAAACGUAAAUAAUGAAAAUAAUAUUCAAACGCAUUGCUAUACUACGCGCCUUGUUACGCAGAGGGUAAAAAAUUGUAAAAAUAUACUGUCUAAUAGUCGUCAAUUAUCUUCGUUGCAAGAACUAUCGAUCUAAAAUUCUCCAAAAAAUGUGGAACGCUUCACGAUUUUGCGUGUCAUCCUUGCGCAGGGGCCAUGCUAAUCUUCUCUGUAUCGUUCCAAUUUUAGUAUAUGUACUGCCGAAGCAAGUACACUUGUGGUGCACCAAAUACGAUUCAAUAGCUUAUUGGACCAAACACAUCAAUUGCGAGAGUUAAAAUUAUCUGUAAUAACUUAAGAAUUACUUACAUUUAAAAAAAAAACUUACAUAUAUUUGUAAAACAAUAAUUAAUUAUUCAAUCUUUGGGUCAGAAAGUUUCAUUUCUCUCUCAUUUAAUUGAUUUAUAAGAGAAAAUAAGCAAAUUGUUUUAAUCUUGCCACACUAGCGACAUCUGUGUCACAGGUAUGAACUAACGAAAACACAUGCGAACUAGCGCACCAAGAGUUUAAAUCCGAAGAAUGUAGAUGGCGCUGUUCUCAAUCACAUCUUAGCCAGUUACCUAUUUGAGAGUACAGCAGAAACUCGGAUGGCUGUUGUUUUGCUAUUUUUAAUAAAUGCAUUAUUAAGUUAAAUCUAGGUAAAAACAAACAAGUUUUAAC